GCUUCCAAGGUAACCUUAAUGGAUUUAGGUGGCCCAAAACGACAAUCACAGUUGCCGUUUUAUCAGUCAAUCCUAUUUGUUUUAUGCUUCUACUGUUCCGAAUGGGUUUAAAGCAAUAUAUUCAGAGGCGCCGCUGCGGUGUUCUUUGCAUAUGUUGGAUUUGAUGCCAUUGCUAAUUCAGCUGAAGAAUCAAGGAAGCCUCAGGAAUCUUGGGAAGCUUGCUUAUAUGUGCUGGAUUAUACGUUGGAGUUUGCUUGGUGAACAACGGGUUGGUUCUCAAAGAUGAGUAUUUACUGGAGUUGCUAGCUAUUUCAAAGAUGAGUAUUUGUUGGAAAUGAAAAAGGAUAAAGAGUAUAAAAGCAGUUUCACAGAAGCAAAACGAUGGUGAAAUGGGCUUCCAACGCAGGGUAAAUGGGCUAAGAUAGCCCAAAACGACUUUAAAUAUAGUCCAUUUCACCAAAAUGACUGAGAAAAACCCGACGUCCCAAAACGACUUAAAAAUCAUCAAUUUAUUGCGUUUGCUUCAUAUUAUCAUCAUGAUCGCCAUUUCCCGCUUUGCCAUUUUUCCUGAACUGUUCCUAAAUUUCAGUAUUAUGCGUUUGCUUCAUAUUACUUUUCAAUUGCAGAAAACUACUCAUUACAUGCGCCUUUAUUUCAUCCAGUUUCUGUUUAGAUUUGUGUUUGCUUUCGAACAAUUGAAAUGGAAAAAGGAAGAGAGUAUAUCAGCACUUUAGUCAAGAAUAAAUCUGGAACUAGAAUACGUGUUCGAUUAAGUCGAAUUUGGAAUGCAGGUACUGAUGCUAAGGAUGAGAAAGAUUUGGGUCUUGAUGCUGUGGCAAUAGAUGAGAAGAUCUAUUGGUGUUUUGACCAAAAUUGAUGAUAUGGAGGUAGGCUAUAGUGCGUGAGGAUCAAAAUUAUCAUGUAAAAUUUGGUUGAUGGAUUUUGAAGAAGCAGAAUUUUCUAUUAGUCUAUGGGGAAAAGCAAAGCAGCAAAUACGAGAGUUAAAACUUUGGGAGAAGGAUUCAACACAAAUUGUUAUCAUUACCUCUUUAGCUACUAAACAAUUUGAUGGAGAAAUUCAUGGAGUUAGCAUGUCUCCAACAAAGAUCUAUAUUAAUCUUGACAUCCUUGAAGUGAAACAAUAUCUAGACAUGUUUGGUAGCUUCAAUAUUCAAUUUCAAUUACUUACUAGAAAAUUUGAGCUGGUUGAAGAAACUUCAGAGACUGUGUCUUCUAUCAGAAAAACAAUAUCAGAUUUGAUACAAACUUUUUUGUUAGAAGUUGAAGAAAGACUUCAGAAAGGACAGGUUUUAUCUUUCUAAAGCCUAUAAAAAUGGAAAAGCAUAGGAUUGAAGUGUAUAAUUCUUUCUGUUUUCAGUAUUGGCUGUGUUUAAUUGGGAAAUAAAUAGGGGUUGUUAUUUGCUAUAUUUUCAUAUAAAACCUAAUUUUGUUUUAUCAUAUUAGUUUCAUUAUGAAUUUCAAAUUGCUAUUGCACUUUAUUUUAUACUAAAUUGAUGUUUGGUAGAAGCCUUGGUGAAAAAAUAUUGGUUUUUGCGUCAUGCUUGCCUGCUGAGGUAACAAAGAGAAAGAGAAUUUGAAAUAUGAAUUUUUGGCUUCUUUUCUCUUUAGGAAAGACUUUAGAAAGGACAGCUUUCAUCUUUCUAAGGAAAGACUUUAGAAAGGACAGCUUUCAUCUUUCUAAGGUCUAUAAAAAUGGAAAAGCAUAGGAUUGAAGUGUACAAUUCUUUCUGUUUUCAGUGUUGGCUGUGUUUAAUUGGGAAAUAAACAGGGGUUGUUAUUUGCUAUAUCUUCAUAUAAAACCUAAUUUUGUUUUACCAUAUUAGUUUCAUUAUGAAUUUCAAAUUGCUAUUGCACUUUAUUUUAUACUAAAUUGAUGUUUGGUAGAAGCCUUGGUGAAAAAUAUUUGUUUUUGCGUCAUUGUUGCUUGCUGAGGAAAGACUUCAAAAAGGACAGGUUUGAUCUUUCUAAAGUCUAUAAAAAUGGAAAAGUAUAGGAUUGAAGUGUAUAAUUCUUUUUGUUUUGAUCAUGUAUUUACACUUAAUGUGAAACAACUUCUGUAAUUGUAUUUUUUUAAUGUUAAAAUUUUAUCUCCACUUUAAUGUUUAAAAUGAUCUAAUGAAUGUCACAUAAAUUUUCAAAACUGUAUAGCCAGGCCAAAGGUUUCAAGUUGAAGCAAAAGUUGUUAGCUUUGACGUAGAUUCUGGUUGGUUUUACACAGCCUGUAAAUAAUGCACCAGGAAACUUCCUCCUGCUUACACUGGUCGAGGAUGUCGAGUUUGUAAUACUCCACAGUCUGAAUCAAUGAUUUGGUAUCAUUUGAAGACCAUAGUACAAGAUGAGACUAGCUCAACUACUUUUAUUAUCUUUGGUACAAAAG